UUCCGGGCGUUUCGGCAGGCGCGGCGCUGCGUUCCUCAGCGUUCCCCGCGACCCGCCUGCGGCCGGGCCCUCCUCACUGCCGCCUCGCCAGCCCGCGCCACGCCAACGGGGCUGCGCUUCAGGCGGCAGCUGCGCCUUCCCGGCUGGCGCCCGCGGAUCCCUGCGCUGUAGGCAGGGGCGCGGCCGUCGUUGCCCUCCGCAGCGGCCGAGCGGGGCCGCGGAGAUGGAUGACGAACCUGAGCGGACCAAGCGCUGGGAAGGAGGCUACGAAAGAACAUGGGAAAUUCUCAAGGAGGAUGAGUCGGGAUCGCUGAAAGCGACCAUCGAGGACAUUCUUUUCAAGGCAAAGAGGAAAAGACUCUUUGAACACCAUGGGCAAGUUCGUCUUGGAAUGAUGCGUCACCUUUAUGUGGUUGUUGAUGGAUCAAGAACUAUGGAAGACCAAGAUUUAAAACCCAACAGACUUACUUCCACUUUGAAGUUAUUGGAAUAUUUCAUUGAAGAGUACUUUGACCAAAAUCCUAUUAGUCAGAUUGGUUUAAUUGUAACCAAGAGUAAAAGAGCUGAAAAAAUGACGGAACUUUCAGGUAACUCUAAAAAGCACAUAACCGCUCUGAAGAAAGCGGUGGAAAUGACCUGCAGUGGAGAGCCAUCUCUGUAUAAUUCCCUAAAUUUGGCCAUGCAGACUUUAAAGCACAUGCCAGGACAUACAAGCAGAGAGGUUUUGGUAGUCUUCAGCAGUCUGACAACAUGUGAUCCAGCCAACAUCUAUGAUCUAAUUAAGUGUUUAAAAGCAGUUAAGAUCAGAGUAUCUAUCAUUGGCCUAAGUGCUGAAGUUCGAGUUUGUACAGUACUUGCCCGAGAAACUGGUGGAACAUACCAUGUUAUUUUAGAUGAAAGUCAUUACAAGGAGCUGCUGAUGCAUCAUGUUAGUCCUCCACCUGCCAGUUCAAGUUCUGAGUGCUCCCUUAUUCGCAUGGGUUUUCCUCAACAUACUCUUGCUUCUCUGUCUGAUCAAGAUGCAAAGCCAUCCUUUAGCAUGGCGCAACUGGAAAACAACAGUGAACCAGGUCUUACACUGGGUGGAUAUUUUUGUCCUCAGUGCAGAGCAAAGUACUGUGAACUCCCUGUGGAAUGCAAAAUCUGCGGUCUUACAUUAGUGUCUGCACCUCACCUGGCCCGGUCUUACCAUCACUUGUUUCCUCUGGAUGCCUUUCAGGAAGUUCCCCUGGAAGAAUAUCAGGGGGAACGGUUUACAUCUGUAAAGUGUGUCAAAACGCAUUUUGCAUGGAAUGUGAUUUGUUUGUUCAUGAUUCUCUGCACUGCUGUCCUGGCUGUAUCCAUCAGCACCCUGCUCCCAUUUCUGUAUGAAAUCCUUUCUUUUUUGUCGUGGUUUGGCCCAGCUAGCACAGCAGCACGACGGCAGUCUCUCGCUCGGUGCCCCAUUCACCCCCACCCUUGUUAGGAUGGCCGAGGACCCAAUGAAAUCGGAGUAAAAAGAUAAGCAAGGUUGUUGUGGGUUGAGACAAGGGCAGGGAGGGCUCACUGCCAAUUAAUGGUUUCAGGCAAAACUCUCUCACUGUUCCUACUCCUUGCACCACCACCAACCAGAAGAAGGAGGGGCAGAAGAAGGAAGAAGAUGGAGGAAAAAAACCUCCUCUUCCGGCUUCUUCUUUAAAAGUGAUCAUGCAGGUGUCUAAUUGACUCAGCCCCAAAACUGGGUCUGGCUCAGAGCUGGGGAGAGUUGCAAGCAACUUCUUACAGGAGCCAUCUUUACAGCCCCUUCCCCCUUACAAGAAAAGGCUGUCAUGUCAAACCAUGACAAGAAAUUAUCCCGUUUUUGUCAUUCUUGCAUAAAUAUGUUUUGAUUAUUCAGCCAGUGUUCACUGAGGCCCUGCUAAACAAGAGGAACCUGGGUGAUUGCAAGAGGGUGAGCACUAGUGUGGGAGUAUUGUGGUUUGGUUGGGACAGAACAGGCUUGUCACCUUUUCCUACUAAUCUGUCCUUAGCCCAUGGGGUUUUACCUUUUCCUCCCAUUCUCCUUCUCCCCAUCCUGUGGAGGUGUAGAGUGAGUGUGGCUGCCAGCUGGGCUUAAACCACGAUGGCAAACCUUAAUUUUUUUACCUAACAUAAUGAUUUUUGUCACUGCUAAUAUAUUAUUGAAUUACCUGUAUCUGAUUCAUUUUCUUGUGUGAAAAAGCUCUGUCUUUUUCUUAAUGUUAUUGUACAAUGUAUAUUUGUAAAUGUAAAAGUGAUAAAACUGGUUUGUAUGAAAA